UAUAAUGCCUGAUAAAAUUCCCUGAAUACCUCCAAUAUCUCUGGGGUAGUAUCAGUCCUCUUAGUUGAAGAUGACUGUAUUUCAAUGAUAUACUGUAUAUACACAUACAUAUAUUCACAAUUUUUUUACAUGGCGUUUGCACGAUGAGUGCAGUGUAAACAAAGCAUACGAUGCAAUUUUUAGGCAAAACUUCAGCUACUACUGAAACUACUGAAAUAUCGGAAUGCAAAGCAAGAUAAUGACUUCUGCAAAGCUGCCUGUAAAAAGAGGAAGCUGGGUAUCAUAUUAUAGUACAGCACUGAGCCCAAAACCCCAAAGCCUACGCCACAGUCCCUUGCAUCUCCUGCUGCUGAUAACCUGUUAGCAAGUUUUUCCAGAAAAAGCUGCAUAGUAACAACCUGCUUGAACCAUAUGGCAUUUAUAUUUCUUAAAGACACAAACCGUGUAAACUAACCCUGCCAACCCAGUGCCGGACACAGAAUCUUCAUUUCCAGAGCAACUCAUACCAGGAUCCAAGCAUUUCUUCCAACAUGCAUGACCAAGUGGCUCAGCUGGCUUUUAUCACAGUGGUAGCAGUGCUGGAACAAGCAUACUUCUCCAUGCAAGUCAUUUGGGCACGCCGAAAAUACAACAUUUCUCCUCCAAAUACAUCGGGUCAUCCAACGUUUGAGCGUGUAUUUCGAGCACAGCUGAACUGCUCUGAAUAUUUUCCGGUCUUCCUCUCUGUCCUAUGGGUUGCUGGAAUCUUUUUCCAUCAAGGAAUUGCAGCCAUCUGUGGUUUCUUUUACCUCUACGCCCGGUAUGAAUAUUUCAAUGGCUAUACGGCUUCUGCUCAGGGAAGGUUGAGACCAAUGUACAUCAGUGCAACUUUCGUUUGGAUUCUUACUGGAUUGUCUCUCCUCGGUCUAAUUGAGUUUUUCUUAAACACAAACUUUGGUGUUAGCAUCAAAGAAAAUCUUGUUUGGUUGACUUCAUAAACCUACCUAUUUUUUUUAUUUUUAAUAUAUUCAUACACUUUUAUCAGUCAUUCCUAAAUUUCCCUUUGUUUGAGUUUAGAAUCUGUAAAAGAAGCUGUUGCUGCUGCAAUUGCUGUGAAUGAAAAUUUAGCUCCUUAUUAGUUUUUGUAGUCGAUGUUGCUUUGUAUGCACCUGGAGAGCUUUGCCUUCCUCUGUGUUUAAAAUCACAGCAGGAAACUGGGACUUUAUUGAACACAGUGAGGAUUGCACCUCCUUGUACACUAGGGAGUCUCUGAUGGUUGUUGAGGGAUGCAAUGUUACAUUUUUUCUUUACAUUUAAACAGAUGAGCAGUGGCAUAUAUGUAGCACAUGCAUCUGAAGGUCCAUUUAAAACCCCCAAAAGUAAUGUUCACCACAAAAGCAAAUCAUUUACUACAAUUAUUUUGAUUACCAUGCAUAUUCACUUGCCCAAAUUCCAAAAAAGUACAAGGGA